AUUAUAAUCUACUUCCAGAUUAUAGCCCCAUCUCUCUUAGUUCUGUCUUUCAUUGUACUUUUCCUCAUGCUGUUGUAUGUUCUGCCAGGAAGCUCAUACCAUUUAUAUAUGCUGCUACGGCAGUGUUGAACAGCGAAACACAUGAAACAGGUGGAAGAAACAGCUACCGUUGAACCUUCUGAAGGAGCUGCUGAACUCUUCUUUCUUAAGAUACCUGGAACGGAUGAAAAUAAAAGUUGUACAACUCAAAUGCUUGAUUCAGCAAGGCUGGCUGUAGAGCUACCCAAAGACAAUCUGUAUGGAARUCUGGUGAUUAGACUUUCUACCACUUGUCAUCAUGUUGGCAGAAGGCAUCUUAACUGGACUUAUAUAUAAAGAAAUCUCUGCUCGAGAUAAGCCUCACAAAUGUCAUGCAAACAAAAAGGUUAAGGAAGGAAUCUGGAGAGAAGAACUUGCAGACAAACCAAAAAUUAGAGCGUUUGCUGCUGGACAUGAGCAGCAGGACAAGAUCAUUGCCGAAAGCAGCAGCAAAAUGGAGCACAAGAGAAACCCUCACUGGAAAUCUGUAAAGGACUUACCUGCAGAAGAUAAGAAAAUACUUGUUAGGGGAGCUCCAUCACCACCUUUACAUAUUCCCAAAAGAGAACAAAAUAAUGAGCAGCUGGAUUUGCACAGAUCCCGGUCCUGCAACAGCAUUUAUCAAAACUAUCCUGACUUGCAUAUUGGAGGAGACCAUGUGGGUGACCAUAUGUGUGAUUCAGGUUGUGUUUUGGACCAUGCGUGUGAUGAACUUCCAGAUGGCCCCGUUCUGCUGUCUGCAGAUAUCCCUCUAGGUCAAUCGCCUCUGUCUCCGCAUCUUGAAAAGACAGACAUAAAGUCCCUGCCUGGAGAGGAAACUGCAGAAAGGAGUAUGGUGCUGUGUGAAGAGCCUCUUUCAAACUCUGUGCUCAACAACUACAUGGAAAGAAAAGUAGCAGAGCUCUAUAAACAGUUUUUUGAAGAAAACCUGGCCAGAUGUGGUUCUGUAACAAACCUCCUGACUUGCAGUUUCAUAAGGAAUAACUUGAAUCAGAUAAGCUUUCAGAUAUCCCAGGAGCAGAACAUAGAAACGUCUAAGGCCAGAGAGGUGCUCUUACACUCUCUAGCCUUGUUCAGUUUGCGUAAUGCUACCAAUGGAAAUAGCUCUGAAUUUAGCACUCCAAACUUGCAGAUCUCCAACUUAGCAUGUGCAGAAAAAAGCCACAGGCUACAGUUCACAUCAUAACUGAAAUACUCACCUGAAGAGAUGAAUGCAGUUCAUAUACAAAUAUCUGUAUAGAUUCAGAUACAAAUAUUCACUGUAAGGACUGGAUUGGGGAAGAAAACAUUAGAUACUACAGACUUUUUCAAAUGUUUAACAUACUCUGUCUAUGAUGAUCUUACCAAAGGAAGAUAAAAUUCACAGAUAUCUUUUCUAAUAUAGAAUAAGAAAUGAACUAUUCUCUAAAAUGCUGUUCAAACAUAGUUUUACAUGGUGUGAUCUCCACUUAUAAGACUCUGGCUCUGUGAGUAGUUAUGCUCAGGUACCUUUGGAUUUACUCCUGCAAGAACAAUUAGUCAAGGAAUUAGUCCUGGUAAAAUUAUCAUCCAAGAGAAUAAUCCAUCCCCCCAGUAAUGAAAAGAGUCAAAUUUUCUUUCAACUGGAAUGGUGAAAACUUGGUCUUCAGCAGAUAGAGAGGUUCACAACU